CUACUCCUACUCCUGACUGACAGAAUUCUUCGUCUUCUUCCUCCUCCCCUCCCCUUCCCUUCCCACUUGCGCGGCAGGGCAGGGCCAGGUGUAGGGGCAUCCAUCCCCCCUUGCCCCUCCACCUCCACCUCCACCUCCUCCUCCUCGUCCCUCACCUCACUAGGUGAGCGACACCAGCCGUCCUGUCCAGGGCCUCCAUCCCUCCCAACCCAGCUUUGACCGGGCUGCUCCCUUCCAUUCCCUUCCCUUUCCCUCCGCCGUCAGUCCGGUCCACCGUCCCCUCCCCCCCGCCUUCCGCGUGUGCGCGCCCGUGCGCCUAUCAUCACCCUCCUCGCCCCCCUUUCCCCGUCGCUUCCCUUCCUGCCCGGAUCGGACCCACGGCCCCGAGGAAUCGUGCUGCUGCUCGGGUUUCGCCUCGUCGCGGGCAACCGCACCGCUCCCAAGCAGCAGCGGCGAUGAGGUGCCUGCCGUUCCUGCACGGGGACGGCAAGUCAAGGGACGACGACCAGCGCACGGGCCCCAGCGCCGCCAUGUCGGCCUCCGUGCGCUCCUUCAGCACCGAGUCCACGGAGCGCGGCGGCGACCCGCGCUCCGGCUCCGACCUCAACUCCAUCAACGUCUCCGACAUGAGCGCCGAGUCCAUCCGCCGGACGCAGUACCCCAGCUUCACCGACCGCCCCGCCAACCUCCGGGUCUUCACCUUCCCCGAGCUCAAGGCCGCCACCCGCAACUUCAGCCGCUCCCUCAUGGUCGGCGAGGGCGGCUUCGGCUGCGUCUACCGGGGGGUCAUCAAGGGCUCCGACGACCCCAGCGAGCGCGUCGAGAUCGCCGUCAAGCAGCUCAAUCGCAAGGGAGUUCAGGGGCAGAAGGAAUGGCUAACAGAAAUGAACGUGCUUGGGAUUGUUGAGCACCCAAACCUUGUCAAACUAAUAGGUUACUGCGCGGACGACGAUGAGCGGGGAAUGCAGCGGCUUCUGGUAUACGAAUACAUGCCCAACGGAAGCGUGGAUGACCACUUGGCAAGUAGGUCAACUUCAACUCUGUCAUGGCCAAUGAGAUUGAAAGUGGCUCUCGAUGCUGCCCGUGGGCUGAAGUAUCUGCAUGAGGAGAUGGACUUUCAGGUUAUUUUCCGAGACCUGAAAACAUCCAACAUUCUAUUAGAUGAGAACUGGAAUGCAAAGUUAUCGGACUUUGGAUUGGCUAGGCAUGGACCACAAGAAGGGCUAUCCCAUGUCUCCACAGCGGUUGUUGGAACUCUAGGAUACGCCGCGCCGGAGUACAUGCAAACCGGGCGCCUCACCGCAAAAAGUGACAUAUGGGGCUACGGCGUGCUCCUCUACGAGCUUAUCACCGGCCGCCGUCCCAUCGACCGGAACCGCCCAAAGGGCGAGCAGAAGCUCCUAGACUGGGUGAAACCGUACAUCUCUGACAUCAAGCGGUUCCCCAUCAUCGUCGACCCGCGGCUCGAGGGACACUACAACCUCAAGUCCAUGACGAGGCUGGCCGGCGUGGCGAACCGCUGCCUCCUCCGGCUAUCCAAGUCGCGCCCGAAGAUGAGCGAGGUGUAUGAAAUGGUGCAGAAGAUCGUCGACAGUGUCGAGAUCGGCCCGCCGGAGCCUCCACUGCAUUACCAUGGCUCGGUGUCCGGACCGGGAGCGAAGCGGACCAAGAAAGGGUCAUUGAAGAGGAGGCUUCAGGAAUUCAAGUUCGGUUGCCGCCAGAUCGUGUGGCGGGGUUGGAAACCUGAGAUCAUUAAGACCUGCUGAAAUGGAUGCCACCCCUCCUGCCUGUGACUGGUUGUAUGCAGGGAAUGAUUCGGAUUCAAGCAAAGAUGUGACCUGAACCUACUGGAUUUCUGCCCACCAAUAGGAGGAUGCGCCUUAUCUCGAGUUGGGCUGCUGAAUGAUCUGAAUAUCUGAUGCUGGGUGGUACAGGUACAUUCCUGCCGGCCAUCCUUUUUGCUCAGAUAAGACCCAGACCCAGAUGCUCACAUCAGAAAGAGACCUCUUUGUACAACUGGGAGAAUUUCUUGGUGCUAGCACAUACAUAGGGGAGGCUACAGGUCAGCUCGACUUUUCCAUCGGACUGUCUACAUGAUUGAUCAUUUGUUACCAGAGAACAGAUGAUGAUAAAAAUCUCCACCGCAAAUAAUCCAGCAAAGAUCAUGCCGGUACCGAAAUUUCGCCAGAGGAAAAUGAGUUACUGGUGCCGGUCUCAUUCUGCUGUUCCCUUGUUGCUGUAGAUUGUACUGCACUGUUGGCUGGAACCAAAGAAAUUCUGUUACUUUCUGCACAGUGAACACUUUCCAUUCCAUCAUCAGAACAUCUCCAUCCUCCCCCAAUUUUUCUCCGGCGACAUGGUGCAUAUGGGUGGAGCAGAAUUGGAGGCAGAUCUUCCUGUGGUGGGCAGCAACCGUGGGGCUCCUUUCGGCUUCGACGAAUCGGACCGGUCGGUCGUCCGAUUCGCCUGUCGACGAAGAAUCGACUUGGCCCCCAGGAACCCUGCCUUUCUCCCCCCUCGUUGUGGACGCAGAGAAGAGGAGGUGAGGUGAGGUCCAUCUCAUCUCACUCUCAUCUUCUGACAUCUCAUAUGCCUGCCCUGUCAAGGCCAUCACCAUUCCUGGUGCCCAUCAUCUUCAGAGAUUAGCACAUGGAUUGUGUGACGGUGGUUCAUCAUCUUCAGAAAACCAGGUGCAGAGUAUGUGUGACAUGUGGAGCAGAUGGUGAUCUGCCCGACCUGCCACAUGGUUUGCCAUUUGCAGCCACUGCUUUGUGCCAGUCGCCACCGAUGGCGAGGGCUAACUGCCGAGAAAUCCGGCAGCAUUCAUGCAGUUCCUUUCCUCACUAGUUUAUGGCUUUUCUCCCUUCGCAGAAAGUUUCAGAGUUAAAAACCGUCCAGAGGUCACCAAAUUUGUUAGGUUCUGAAGAAAGUGAGAAAUUUCGGUUCUCGGUCCAAUCGCCGCCGCGCCGUCCUCCAACGCCGGCCGUUUCUCCUCCUCGUCGUCGUCGCCGUCAUCGACUUUGGAUGUUUCUUCAUGUAAUUAGUGCUAUAUAUAAUUUUUCUUUUCCUCCUUUUUUUUAUUCUGAACCGAAAACAUGUCACAUUGACAUGAACAAUGAGGCCCCUCUCACCGAGCAUUUAGGAACGGGACGGGUGAUGACUGAUGCCGGCCGUGUCGGAUCCAAGUCACCCUGACUAAGAUCGGUCGCUGUGUGACCCUA